UGGGACCAACACUUUACAUGCUGCGUUUAUACUUUUGUUCAGUGUAGUUAGGAGAAAAGUGUAUCUUGUUGGGUUGAUAUACUGAAAGGAGUACUAUUGCGUUUACUCUCUAGAUAAGGUUAGGACACACUGUUGAAUAGUAGUAGUAUUAGUAUUUAUUAGGAUCCCCAAUUAGCUGCUGCCGAGGAAAACAGAACUCAAAACACAACAAAUAAAAUACAUAAUAUACUGUACAUUGCACUACUUUUACAUAAUUUAGCAGAUGCUCCCGUCUAUAGCGACCCACAGCUAGUGCAUUCAUCUCAAGAUAUCCAGGCGAGACAACCAAGUAUCACAUAUCAUUACAUAGUACAAUACAUAAUAGAAUACAAAAUACAUAAAGGUAUCUGUGUCUCUUCACAGUCCCCGUCAUGCCGUAAGGAGUUAUUUUAUCUGGUUUUGAAUCUGGUUUUAUUGCUAGCUUGAGUUACCUGGGGUGACAGAGUUUCAUGUAGUCAUGGCUCUAUUUAAUACUGUGCGUUUCCCAGCCUCUGUUCUGGACCUGGGGACUGUGAAAAGACCGCUGGUUGCAUAUUUUGUGUGGUACAGAUGAGUGUCCAAACUGUGUGCCAACUUCUUCAACAGACAGAUAGGUACCUUCAACACAUCAACACGUCUCACAAAGAGCAAUAGUGAUGCAGUCAAUCUCUCCUCAACUUUGAGCCAGGAGUUAUUGACAUGCAUGUUACUGACAUUCGCCCUCCGUGUACAUCUAAGUGCAAUAGAUGCUGCUUUGUUCUGCAUCAACUGCAGUUUGCCUAUGUCCUUCUUUGCCACACUUGACCACACAGCUGGGCAGUAGUCCAGGUGUGACAAAAAUAAGGCCUGUAGGACCUGUCUGGUUGACUGAGAUGUGAAGAAAGCAGAGCAACGCCUUAUCAUGGACAUACCUCUUCUCAUUUUAGCAACCAUUGAGUCUAUAUGACAUCUUGCCAUCUAGGGUUACACCCAGCAGUUUAGUCUCCUCAACUUGCUCAAUCAUCACAUUAUUCAAUAAUAGACCUAGAUGAGGUUUAGGGUUGAGUGAGUGAUUUGUUCCAAAAACGCUUUUAGGUUUUGAGAUAUUUAGCACCAGCCUAUUGCUAGUUACCCAUUCUAAAACUGACUGGAGCUCUAUGUUAAGGGUGUCAGUUAUAUAUUUUACACAGGUCAGUGGAAGGUCAUUAGUAAAAACAGAAAACAAUAAUGGCCCAAGCCUUCUGCCCUGCGGUACACCACACUCAACCAAAUUUGCAUUAGAUGGACUUCCAUUAAAUAAAACCCUAUGUGCUCUAUUAGCUAGUUAACUCUCAAUCUAUGAUAAGGCAGAGGAUGUAAAUCCAUAACACUUAAGUUUUGUUAACAAUAGGUUAUUAUCAAUGAUAUCAAAAGCCGCACUGAAGUCUAACAAAACAGCUCCCACAAUCUUAUUAUUAUAAAUUUCUUUUAGCCAAUCAACAGUCAUUUGUGACAGUGAGGAGUGAGGUGAGUAGUAAUGGCAUGGUUUCAUAUCUGAACAGAAUGUAAGAAUUCAUCAACAACUCACAUUGUAUAGUUGUGAUGCACUGUCUUUUGUCUUUGCUCAUGUGUUUUGCGAUUUUGAGAGUACAUUUGUGUGGGGGUGUUUCUAUGUGUUUAUACUUGUCUAACUCCCUUCAAUUGAGAUUGACUGUAAUAUGAUGUCCUGUGUUUCCCUGACAGAAAGAUGGUCCAUAAGUCCAUAGUUGUGGGUCUGGUGGUGCUGCUGGUGGCAGCCGUAAGCACGUUUGUGGGUGUCUUCUUUGGGCUGGGGAGCAGGUCGACCUCAAAUAACCAUUCCUACUCCAGGGCUGCCGUGGCAGCCGAUGCUGGCCCAUGCUCAGAAAUCGGCAGAGACACAUUGCAGAAAGGUGGCUCUGCAGUGGAUGCAUCUAUUGCUGCCUUGCUGUGUGUGGGGCUGAUGAACGCCCACAGCAUGGGCAUUGGAGGAGGACUCUUCUUCACUAUCUAUGAUGCUAAAACUGGAAAGGUAGAGACCAUUAAUUCCAGGGAGACGGCUCCCGCCAACGCAACAGAGGACAUGUUUGGGAAUAGCACCCAGUUAGCUAAGAAAGGAGGGUUGUCCAUCGCCAUACCAGGGGAGAUCCGUGGGUACGAGCUGGCACACCAUCGCCAUGGAAAUUUGCCAUGGAGAGAGCUGUUCCAGCCUGCAAUCCAGUUGGCACGGAAGGGCUUUCCUUUGGGCAGGGCUUUGGCCACUGCUAUCUCCAAGAACAGAGAAACCAUCACUGGUGACACAGCUUUAUGUGAGGUGUUUUGUGACAAAAAUGGUGCCAUCCUGAAGGAAAACGACAUCAUCACCUUUACUAAACUCGCUGACACCUAUGAAACAAUAGCAAAUGAGGGGCCUAAUGCUUUUUACGAAGGCCCACUGGCAGAGAACCUUGUGAGGGACAUUCAGUCAGCAGAUGGUAUCAUCACACUUGAUGACCUAAAGAACUACAAGCCUUUUUUGGAUGAGAGUCCUCUCAAUGCUAGUGUGGGGGAGUACAUAAUGUAUGUGCCCAAUGCCCCAGCCAGUGGCCCUGUCCUGUCCCUCAUACUCAACAUCCUGGAUGGAUACAACUUCACCUCAGACAGUGUCUCCAGCACUGAGAAGAAGGUCCUCACGUACCACCGCAUGGUCGAGGCCUUCCGAUUCGCUUAUGCCAAGCGAAGCAUGCUGGGAGAUCCAAGCUUCCUCAGCAUCUCUGAUCUCAUCCACAACAUGACCUCAGAUUACUUUGCCGAUUCCCUCCGUCAGAAGAUAACAGACGAUACCACCCAUCACAUGAACUACUAUGAGGCAGAGUACUUUGUCCCCGAGAACCACGGGACAGCACAUCUGUCUGUGGUGGCAGAGGACGGGAGUGCAGUGGCAGCCACCAGCACCAUCAACCAACUUUUUGGCUCCAAAGUCAUGUCGCGCUCUACAGGAAUCCUCCUCAACAAUCAGAUGGAUGACUUCAGCUCACCCCUCAUCACAAAUGGCUUUGGAGUGCCUCCUUCACCAAACAACUUCAUCAGACCAGGUAAGAGGCCCUUGUCUUCUAUGUGUCCAGCCAUUCUCUUUGACAAGGGGAGCAAGGAAGUCAAGAUGGUGGUGGGGGGCUCAGGAGGAACAAAGAUCACCACGGCAACUGCCACGGUGAUUCUCAACACGCUGUUCUUUAACUAUGACCUGAAGAAAGCUGUGGCAGAUCCUAGAAUCCACAACCAGCUGAGUCCCAACACCACACUGGGAGAGCCUGGGUUUGACGAGAGGGUGAUGGCAGGUCUGGCUUUGAAGAACCAUGAGACAGAGUUCCUGACAGCCACAGGGGCUGUGGUUCAGGUAGUGGUGCGCCAGGGGGACCAGCUCCAUGCUGAAUCCGACCCCAGGAAAUGGGGCUACGCUGCUGGGUACUGAGACCAACCACAGACCCCUGCUCCCACGAACUGAGGCCAACCACACACCUCUGCUCCCACAGACAGGCUGGCUGAUUGGGCUUCUGAUUCAGAUGAAAGCCACCUCUACAAUAGGGCUGUGACAAUACCAGUUUCGCAAUAUUCACAAAGAAGACCUCUCUUUGGUCCUUUAAAAACCUGUUGUAUGUAAAAUAUUGUGUGCUGUAGCUUGGAAAAUAUAUACGUGACUUUGGAUGACAACAUAGCCCUAAUGUUGGAAACAAACAUGAUUGUUUUUCUAAAGAAGUUAAUCCGCUUCGUGUUUUGUUUUCUUGCCACAAUACUAACAAGUAUUGCGAUACUGGUAUAGUCCUGGCCCUACUCUACAGACUAUAUUUCAAACCAGGAGAAACACAUUCAGAUUCCUGUCAUCGCAGCAAUGACCUACGACCUACAGUAUGACCUUAGUCCUCUCUGGUAAACCAGGGUCACCUUUCUCCCCUCAUUGGUGUCAUAAGAAAGUGGAGAGAAGCUACCAUCCAACGUCUCCCAUCUCAUCCUGUUUUUGAUGACCAAGUGCCUCAGUCUGAGAUCCAGAUGCUGAGAUAGAGCUAUUCAUUCUCCACUCUGCUUUACUUAGAUUAUUAUGCAGUACCGUCUGUACCAUCUCAAUAUUUCUUAUUCAAAGUACCUCUAUUCAAUGUUUUACCUUUCACUGCAAUGGAUUUUCAGUCAGAAUAGGAAGGUAAUUUGACUGGUGCUUUCAUUGAGAUAGAUUAUUAAAAACACAGUUUGCCUUAAACCAAAUGUUAUUUUCUGUAAAAUUAUUAUUAUUUGUGUUGCUUUUGAGAAGACUUGCUAUUCAAGAUCAAUAAUUCACAAGCCAUACCCAAAGAACAGUUGUAUGAUGUAAUUUUUACAUGACCGCAACAAUCUUAUAAACAUUGACCAACAAUGAAAACACAGGAAGACAGAAACAAAGUUUCAAAUAAUAAAAAGAGGGCUUACUUCAGGGUUCAAUUGUUCUCAUGACACGACUGCAAAGUGCAAUGUUUGUUUGCAUUUGUUAAUUUAUGUUGGUCAAAUACACCAUGUAGGCUAUACAAAUAAAUAGAAAGUAUUCAGACCCCUUCCCUUUUUCCACAUUGUUACGUUAAAGCCUUAUACUAAAAUUGAUUAAAUAAAACA